GAGGUCUGAGAGGCCCUCUGUGUGCUGGGAGGAACAGCCUUCCGCCCUCACGACCAAAGGGAAAGCAGUAGGUCAGGGGAUCCUCCAAGCCAACGGCGGAGCCUGUCACCCAUUCUGCAGGAAAGCUGAGCCCAGCAGGGGAAGGGAGUCGCCCGGGAGCAGGAGCUGUGGCCAACCAGAAGGAGCACGGCUCUGAGCGUGGGUACUGCCUGAGCACCUGCACUGCAGCGGCAUCACCAGGGUGACUGAGGAGGGGUCGCCCGGAAGUGGGCUGGGAAGUAGACCGAGGAGAGGCUGCGCCCCGUGGCCAGGUUCUCACGUGACCAGGCAAACGUGAUCACAGAAUGGGGAACGGGAUUCAGCGUUUGAAUUGGGGAAGCAUGGGAGGAAGGAAGAUGGCAAGAGAUGAAGAGAAUCCUUAUGGUUUCGACGACUACGGGCCCGCCCCACAGGAACCCAGGCUGAGGCUCAUCCUGGCCGGGAAGACCGGAGCGGGCAAGAGCGCCACGGGCAACAGCAUCCUGGGCCAGCGGCGGUUCCCCUCCAGGCUCGCGUCCAGGUCCGUGACCAGGACCUGCGCGGUGGCCAGCCGGCGGUGGAACGGCUGGCACGUGGACGUCGUGGACACCCCGGACCUUUUCAGCUCCGAGGUGGACCAGACAGACCCGGCGUGCGCCGAGCGCGGCCGCUGCUACCUGCUGUCGGCGCCCGGGCCGCACGCCCUGCUGCUGGUCACCCAGCUGGGCCGCUUCACCGCCCAGGACCAGCAGGCCGUGCGCGCGCUGCGGGAGCUGUUCGGCGACCAGGUGCUGGCGCGCACCGUGCUGGUCUUCACGCGCAGGGAGGACCUGGCGGGCGGCUCGCUGCAGGACUUCCUGCGCGACACGGACAACCGCGCGCUGCGCGAGCUGGUGGCCGCGUGCGACGGCCGCGUGUGCGCCGUGGACAACCGCCCGGCGGGCGAGGAGCGCGAGGCGCAGGCGUGCGAGCUGCUGGCGCUGGUGGAGCGCCUGGCGCGCGCGCACGGGGGCGCCCCCUACACGAACGACGUGUACGGCCUGGCGCGCGCUCUGGGCGCCGCGGGCCCCGAGGAGCGGCUGGGCCGCCUGGUGGCCCGGCUCGCGGCGCGCGCGCGGGGCCGGCGGGGGCGCGGGCUGCGGGCGGCGCUGCGCGGGUGGCGGCGCGCGCUGGGGGGCGGUUGGAGGCUGGCGGCGGCCGCGCUGCUGGGGGGCGCCGUGCUGCUCUGGCUGCUGUUCCCCAGGCCGCCGCCCCAGGCCCCCGCGGGGAGUGUGGGUCUUCAGAAUGCUGGGAACCUGGCAAGAAAAAUGGAGCAUUUGGCGCUGAAAGGGGACUAAAACUUAUUCCAAAGGGAUUCUGCGGUUUCAGACAGUUUUAAUGACAGAAAGCAUCGGACACUAUCAAUUUUGCCAAAGCUUAACCUGUCCUCUUUAGUUUUCAAGUUUCAUCUUUGACUGUAUGUACAUCGUUCUUAAAUUUGUCUAAAACAUCCUCAAAACA